CUUCCGGUCGGCAUUUUGUUCUGCGAGAGAGGGGGAGAGUCUGAGUGGAUGCCUUUUAUCACCGCGUCAAUAGCCUUUCUGUUUUUCUCAGUUGAUUGUUUUCCGAAACUAGUCGGAAUUUUCAUUAUUCCCCUGCAGGCGUUGGGGAUGUACCGGGCGGAGACCGGUUUGAAGGAUGUUUCCCCCCUAUAAGCAUACAUGUUUGCAUUGAGAAAGAAGAAGAUCGAACCCUCCCGACCCGGAUUAUUGUUGUUAUAUUAUUACUCGGAGGAGCUGUUAGAGCUGUAGAACGGAGAGGGAGCUAGAGACACGGAUCCAACCCCGUUUGCAACCAUUUCUUUUUAUCAACACACCCUGAGCGUUUGGGAGAUGUGAAGAACAGUCGGAAGGCGACGACAUUGAGCAACCUGUGCAUCGACACGACCCCCCUACCCCCAUCUUCAGCAUGAAUGGGGAUAUGCCUCAUGUUCCCAUCACUACUCUUGCUGGGAUCGCUAGCCUCACAGAUCUGUUAAACCAGCUGCCCCUGCCCUCCCCUCUCCCCGCCACCACCACUAAGAGCCUGCUGUACAAUGGGAGGGUCGCAGAGGAGGUCAACUGCCUGCUGGGAUGCCAGGACGAGAACCUGGUGUCCCAGCUGGUUCACAGCCUCAACCAGGUCUCCACCGAGCACAUAGAGUUGAAGGACAACCUGGGCAGUGAUGACCCGGAAGGAGAUGUGCCCAUGCUGCUGCAGACCGUGCUGUCCAGGAGCCCUAACAUCUUCAGGGAGAAAAGUAUUCUGCAGCAGUCAAUGAUGCCUCAGUACAAGAUGUCUCAGAACUCCAUGCACGGAAGCCCUGCGUCCACAAACUACCAGCAAACCACUAUCACGCACAGCCCUUCUAGUCGCUUUGCCUCUCCACAGUCGGGAUCGGGCGGGCGGUUCCUGCCCCAGCAGAACAGCCCUGUGCCCAGCCCCUACACCCCUCAAAGCCCUGCCAGCUACAUGCACUACCCCCACCCGCCCAGCUACUCCCAGCACCAACAGAUCCAGCAAGUCGCGAGUCCCAUGGUUCCGGGCAGCAUGAGGAACAUCCACGACAGCAAGGUCUCUGGGCAGAUGUCGAGCAACUCAGCGAAUCACAACGCCAGACAGGCCUCCAACGAAGACUACAUGAACAUUGUCCAAAGACUUGGGAAUGAGGAGAGCGACCCUUCCAUGAGAAAUGCCUCCUUCUCUCUCCAAUCGCCUCAGUCUCAGUGUUCUCCAGCCGGGAGUGAAGGAACACCCAAAGGGUCUCGGCCACAGCUCAUCCUCCAGUCCCCUCCCCCGUACAUGUCCCCCCGCGACGGAGCCCCCGACCUCCUCCUCGACUCCCCCGACCGCAAGAAGAAGCAGAAGAAGCUGAGCAAAGAGGAGAAGGAGCAGCUGGACAAGGCCGCCCUGUACGACAUCGUCAGCUCUCCCUCCAAAGACUCCACUAAGCUGACCCUCAAACUGUCCCGGGUCAAGUCCUCCGAGAUGGACCAAUCCGGAGAGCUUGUCCCCGGGGCGGAGCAGGGCUCAGACCAGGACGCGGAGCUGGCCUACAACAGCCUGCCGUUUUCUCGGACGGGCCAGGAGCAGGCCCUCCGGCUGGGCCAGGGCCAGGGUCUGCCAGGGGAGCAGUCAGGGUACCAGCAGGUGCCCGUGCUGCAGAACACCAAGCAGGGGGUGCUGGUGGGCGGCGUGGUGUACGACGAUGCAGAGAUGGACGCGCUUGCCGAGAUCGAGAGGAUAGAGCGCGAGUCGGCCAUCGAGAGGGAGCGCUGCUCCAAAGAGGUUCAGGAUAAAGAUAAACCACUGAAGAAGAGGAAGCAGGACUCGUAUCCUCAGGAGCCCGGGGCCGGGGGCACGGCGGGGGCCACCGGGGGGCCCGGCGUAGGAGGGGGCAACGCCGGCGCCAAGCUCACACCCCAGGAGGGUAGCGCCGCCAGUAACGGUACCAGCCGACCGGCCCUGAUGGUCAGCAUCGACCUGCAGCAGGCCGGCCGGGCAGACGGACAACCAGAGGUGGCCCUGGAGGCCCAGCGCUGGGCCGAGGACCGCCUGGCGCCCGGGGACGGUGCCCACGCCACCGGCGUGCUCCGCCUCCGCUCCAAGGCGGAAGGAGAGACGCCGAAGGCCGGCGACGGCCGACCGGAGGUCAUCAAGCAGCGCGCCGCCGACACGCCCCGGAAGCUCGGCCCCGACGGGCGUCCGGAAACCCCGAAACACAAGCACGAAAACAAACGGGACUCGUCCAAGCACCGGCACGACGGCAAGCCGGACGGCGGCAAGGGGCGCGCCGACGGCCGGGCGCCCGACACGCCACGGCAGAGACACGAGGGCCGGCCCGACUCCGGCCAGAGGGAUGAGCGGCACCGGGACGGCGACUCCUCUCGCGUGCGGCGGCCGGACACCCCCAAGUCCUCCAGCCGGGCGGAGCACGAGUCCAAACACGGGCGCGACAGGGACAGGGAUAGAGACAGGAAACACCGGACCGAGCCUGGGGAGCCCCGCGACCGGCGGUCCCCCGAGCAGCGCUCCAGACCGGACAGCCCCAGGGUCAAACAGGAGGGGCGAGCGGGGACGGACCCCAGCGCUCGCCAGAGAACAGAGCGGAAAGAGGAGAGGAGGGGCGGGGACGGCAGCCGGAGCAGACAGGACGGGAACAAGCAGCAGCCGUCAUCCGAGGCCAAGGCUGGAGAGUUCCCCUCCUACCUGCUUGGGGGCCAGUCGGGGGCCUUAAAGAACUUUGUGAUCCCCAAGUUGAAGCGGGACAAGGACGGGAAUGUUCCGGGCGACGUGCGGCCGCCCACCGGGCAGGGCCCGGGGACCAUGGUGGGCUGGAGCGAGCCCCGGGUAAAGCAGGAGAAAGCCGGGCUGGUGGAGGACCUGAAGAAAGGGGCCAAGCCCGUGGUGGUGCUGCAGAAGCUCACCAUCGACGAGGUGCAGAAGAUCAUCAGGGAGAGGGAGGACGGGAAUGUCCGCAGCUCCAAAUCCAGCAAGAACCGGUCCUCCUUCAGCAAGUCAGGGAAAGGAGGUCUGGACGAGUCGGUUCUGCAGGACCUCCCCCCACAGCUCCUGGCGGAGAUCCAGUCCACCAUGCCCCUGUGUGAGAGGGUCAAGAUGAACAAGCGCAAGCGCAGCACCGUCAACGACAAGCCCAAGUACGCCGAGGUCGACUCGGACGACGACAACGACGUGUCCGACUGUGUGACUGAGUCCGCACGGAAGAAGCAGCGGCGUGAGCGAGACAAGGGGUGGGAGCACGAGGAGCAGGAGAGGAGGGGCUCCGGGGAGCACCGGAAGAGUGGGGGCCACCAGGAGGGCCGGCGGGGCUCGGGCUCCCGUCACCGGGAACGCAGCCCCAACGAGUCGGAGGAGGGCUCCCCGCCUCCCAGCAUGAGCGACAGUGAGUCUCCAUGUCACAUUCUGCUGAGGUCGGAGGAGGACGCCUCGUACAAGCCGGCCAGGAAGGCCUGCGUCCAGCUGGUGGACAACCUGGUGGAGCACAUCCUGAAACACGAGGAGUCCCUCACAGAUGGGGUCAACUCAAACCGGCUGGUGGCCUGCAUCACCACUCUCUACCUGUUCAGUAAGAUCAGACCCCAGCUGAUGGUCAAACACGCCAUGACCAUGCAGCCCUACCUCACCACCAAGUGCAACACCCAGAGUGACUUCAUGGUGAUCUGUAAUGUGGCUAAGAUCCUGGAGCUGGUGGUUCCUCUGAUGGAGCACCCCAGCGAGACCUUCCUCACCACCAUAGAAGAAGACCUCAUGAAGCUCAUCAUCAAAUACGGCAUGACGGUUGUCCAGCACUGUGUGAGCUCUGGAGCUGUGGUGAACAAGGUCACUCACAACCACAAGUUUGUGUGGGCUUGUUUCAACAGAUACUACGGCGCCCUGACCAAGCUGAAGACACAGCACCAGGAGGACUCCAGCAACAUGGCCCUGUCCGCCAACAAGCCCGCGUUGCUGCGCUCGCUGUUCACCGUGGGGGCUCUCUGUCGACACUUUGACUUCGACCAGGAGGACUUCAAAGGGGCCAACAAGGUGGUCAUAAAGGACAAGGUGUUGGAGCUUCUGUUGUACUUCACCAAGCAUGAAGAUGAGGAGGUCCAGACCAAGGCUAUCAUCGGGCUGGGCUUCCAGUUCAUCAUGUACCCAGACCUGAUGUUCUUCCAGGAUGUAAAGACCCUGUACAACGGCAUCCUGUCUGACCCCAGCAGCUCAGUCAACCUGAAGAUCCAGGUGCUGAAGAACCUGCAGAACUACCUGCAGGAGGAGGACUCCCGCAUGCAGGAGGCCGACCGGGAGUGGAAGAAGCUGUCCAAGAAGGAGGAUCUGAAGGAGAUGGGAGACAUCUCAUCAGGCAUGAGCAGCUCCAUCAUGCAGCUCUACCUGAAGCAGGUUCUGGAAGCUUUCUUCCACACCCAGUCCAACGUCAGGCACUUUGCCCUCAGCGUCAUCGCCCUCACCCUCAACCAGGGCCUCAUCCACCCCGUGCAGUGCGUGCCCUACCUGAUCGCGAUGGGAACGGACCCGGAGCCCACCAUGAGGAACAAGUCGGACCAGCAGCUGGUGGAGAUCGACAAGAAGUACACAGGCUUCAUCCAUAUGAAGGCGGUGGCAGGGAUGAAGAUGGCCUACCAGGUUCAGCAGGCCAUCAUGGCGUCACGGAGCGGGGUGAUCCGAGGCUUCAGGCAGGAUGAGACCACCUCGGCGCUCUGCUCACACCUGUUCUCCAUGGUCCGAACGAACCGCCAGUACCGCCGAGCCUUCCUCAGCUCACUGCUCAGCCUGUUCGACGACAGCUCUAAGACGGAGGUGAACAUGCUGCUGUUCAUCGCAGACAACCUGGCCUGCUUCCCCUUCCAGAGCCAGGAGGAGCCUCUGUUCAUCAUGCACCACAUAGACAUCACCCUGUCUGUGUCGGGCAGCAACCUGCUGCAGUCCUUCAAAGAGUCCCUCCUCAAAGAGCCCGUCCGCCGGGAGAAAGACAAGAAGAAGAAGAAGAAGAAGAAGGAGCGCGAGAGGAAGUACGGCUCGGAGGACGAGCGUGGCGGCGGCAGCUCGUCCAGCUCCUCGUCCAGCUCCUCGUCCUCCUCCUCCGAGGACGAGGCGGCGCGCCGGCCCAGGAAGGGGCCCCGGGGCCAGCCCGGCUCCGGCUCCGACUCGGACCUGGAGGUGGAGGAUGUGGACAAGGUGCUGCAGCGCCUGCCCGAGAACCCCGCCCCCCUGCUGGACUUUGCCAACGCCUCGCAGGGCAUCCUGCUGCUGCUGGUGCUCAAACAGCACCUGAAGAACCUGUACGGCUUCUCCGACAGUAAAAUCCAGAAGUACUCUCCGACGGAGUCUGCCAAGGUGUAUGACAAGGCGGUGAACAGGAAGGCCAAUGUGCACUUCAGCCCCAGGCAAACCCUGGACUUCCUGACCAGAGACCUGGCCAACGCCAACCUCACCUAUGACAUCAAGAGGAGGAUCGUCAAGCAGUACCUGGACUUCAAGUUACUGAUGGAGCACUUGGACCCAGACGAGGAAGACGAGGAGGGUGGGGAGGCGUCUGCCAACGCCAGAAACAAAGCCAUCUCUGCUCUGCUGGGAGGCCCCAGUCCCAAGAACCACCACGCCGUGCCCGUCGACACGGACGAUGACGAGAGUGACGGGGAGGAGAAGACCCCGGGGGCAUCCCGGCGGUCCAGGAAGGGGGGGGACUCGGCCGAAGCGUCAGGCCACAUGAACGAGGCGGUGGGGGCCAUGGACGUCAUCGCCCUCUGCUGCCCCAAGUACAAAGACCGGCCGCAGAUCGCCCGGGUCAUCCAGAAGGUCUCCACGGGCUACAGCGUGCACUGGAUGGCCGGCUCCUACUCCGGGCCCUGGGCGGAGGCCAAGAAACGAGACGGACGCAAACUGGUGCCUUGGGUGGACACCAUCAAGGAGUCUGACAUUAUUUACAAGAAAAUCGCCUUGACGAGUGGCCACAAGCUCACGAACAGAGUGGUGCAGACGUUACGGUCUCUAUACGCAGCCAAGGAGGGAACCUCCAGCUAAUCACCUCCACCUGUUCUCACACACACACACACACCUUUGCAGCCAAACUCGACAUGGAUCCAAUAUUUUGUAAAGACAGAGGACUCAAACACAGAGGACAGCUGAAAUGGGAGAUGGAUGAGGACUGACUAGGGCAGAGCGAGUGUUGUGAUACGUUGAUCUGCGAGGAACUGUAAAUCGGAUCCCAGGACAUGUUUAAGUUAAACAGAUAAAACACCAGAAGGAAAUGUUUUGAAAAACAUUGUGUGGGAGCUCCUUCGCUGUUGUGCAGCAACUCGGUUGUUUGGUUUUUACUCCCACUGUAUAAUAGUUUAACUAAAAAAACAAAACAAAACAACAUGUUUAUAUCUCUGACAAAAGUUCUGUUUAAAAAAUAAUAAUAAACAAAGUGAAUGUUGGAAAUUUAGUCUGUUGAUGUUCUUAAUAAAGUGUUCUUGGAGUUUAACCUAGCAGCGGAUGAAUUUCUUUAGCUUUGCUCAGUUUCCAGGAAGCUUCUUUUAAAAUAAUCAAUUUUGUUUUACUCUCUUGGUUUGUUUUACCCAUGCUGUACAAUGGAGUCUCUUGGAAAUAAUUUAUUCUGUUGAAAGCAAAGCAUGCAGUAUAGGUGGCCGAUAUGCAGGGGACAGUUUUGUAAAUGUAGAUUUUGAUGUAACGGUCAUCUGAGAAAGAGAAAGGGUUCCCCAGCACUUCUGGCGGAGCAAAUACUGCAAUAAAUUUUUUUUACUUCUC